CUUGACUUUAAAGUUGGAUGGAAGAAACUAAAGGAGGUCUUCAGCAUUGCUGGAACUGUAAAGCGUGCAGACAUCAAAGAAGAUAAAGAUGGCAAGAGUCGAGGAAUGGGAACAGUUACCUUUGAACAGGCAAUUGAAGCUGUUCAAGCAAUAUCUAUGUUCAAUGGACAAUUCCUGUUUGAUAGACCAAUGCAUGUAAAAAUGGAUGAUAAAUCAGUUCCUCAUGAAGAUUUCCGUGUUACAGACAGCAAAAGUUCACAGUUACCUCGCGGUCUCGGUGGCAUUGGGAUGGGACUCGGGCCAGGUGGACAGCCCAUCAGCGCAACACAGUUGAGCAUGGGUGGUGGAAUGGGAAGCAUAGGCCCAGGAGGUAUGGGAAUAGAUGGUCCAGGAUUCGGCAGAAUGAACAGAAUGGGAGGCGGACUUGCUGGACUUCGUGGAAUGGAAGGAAUGCCUAAUAUGGGAGGAUUUGGAGUCAGCCGAAUGGGAGAAAUGUUCCGUGGUGGAAUGGGAGGAAACAUGGACAGAGAUUUUGGUCGUGGUGACAUGGCAUUGAACCGUGGUUUUGGAGAUUCUUUUGGAAGGAUGGGUGGUGCAAUGAUUGGUGUUUUUGCAGGAGGAAUGGGAGCGCCUAGCAUGGGCCCAGUAAGAUCUGGAAUGAGUGGUGGAAUGGGUGGUAUGAACAGUAUGGCUGGAGGAAUGGGAAUGGGGAUGGAUCGGCUGAGUUCUGGUUUUGAUCGAAUGGGACCAGCUAUGGGUGGAGGCCUGGACAGGAACAUCGAUAUCGAUCGAGGAUUUGUGCCUGGCCCAAUGGGAAGUGGCAUGAGAGAGAGAUUAGGCUCUAAAGGCAACCAGAUAUUUGUGAGAAACCUUCCUUUUGACUUGACCUGGCAGAAGCUAAAGGAGAAAUUCAGUCAAUGUGGUCAUGUAAUGUUUGCAGAAAUAAAAAUGGAGAAUGGAAAAUCAAAGGGCUGUGGAACAGUCAGAUUUGACUCGCCAGAAUCUGCUGAAAAGGCCUGUAGGAUAAUGAACGGCAUAAAAAUCAGUGGCAGAGAAAUUGAUGUACGCUUGGAUCGCAAUGCAUAAUUUAAAACUGUGUGUUCAGGAACAUUCCUAUGUCUGUUUAGCUUCUCUAUCCUAGUAAGUCAUUUUUAGUAACAUUGUAUGCUUACAAAAGUUGUAAAAAGGAACUUUUAAAUCCCACCAGCCUUUAACAGUAUAGUGUUUAAUAUACUGUGAUACUUGUUAACUGACUCUUACGAUGUUUGGUUUUUAAAGACAAUUUGCCUGAUUUUUGUUGUUUUUUUAGAGGCACUGAGCACCUGCAGGUCCCUGUAGACCGUGGAAGCUUGGGAUGCUCAGCACCUUUGGAAAAUUAGGCCAAGUGUCUCUAGUCAUUCAGUUUAAAUGAAUGGUUAUACUGUUUUUAAUAAAAUAAGCCAUUUUCUCUGUUAA